AUGAGAUAUCUAUCAACAAUUUCGGCCAUCGCGUUGAGCCUAGGCUCUACUUAUGCCUGGGGAUGGGGUGGAGGAGGCGAUGAUGGCAGCUCUGGCUCUGGCUCGUCUGGCUCAUCUGGGUACGGAUCUGGCUCAUAUGGAUCGUCUGGCUCGGGCUUCGGUUCAGGCUCUGCAGGCUUUUCGAUACCGUUCGGUGGUGACUUCGAAAAGGCUCAGCGCGCCAUGAUCGCUCAUGGUGUUCUUGCAUCGCUAGCCUUUGUGAUAUUCUUCCCCUUCGGAGCCAUCAGUAUUCGAUUGUUCAGCUUUCCAGGACUUCUUUGGUUCCAUGCCAUCGUUCAAGUGCUUGCAUAUCUCAUCUUCAUUGCAGCAUUUGGACUCGGUAUCUAUCUCGCUACCCAGAUACACAUGCUCGAUCAAGCUCAUCCGAUCAUUGGCAUUGUGCUUUUCAUUCUGAUUUUCUUCCAACCAAUCCUUGGUUACAUGCACCAUCGUCUCUUCAAGAAGUACAAGCGCCGUACUUUCUGGUCUCACGCUCACAUCUGGCUUGGACGCAUCAUCAUCACUCUGGGCAUCAUAAACGGUGGCCUUGGACUCGAUCUCGCAAACAACACUCGCAAGGGAGAGAUUGCUUACGGCGUUGUUGCUGGUGUCGUAUAUCUCGUUUACAUCAUCAGUAUCUUCGUUGGUGAAUCAAAGCGAAGAAGAGAUAGAAAAGCGGCCGUUCAUGCUGAGGCCGAGCCAAAGAGGAGCGAUAGCGAUUCGAACGACUCCAAUGCACCAGGGCUUAGGACAAACUAUUAUGCCUAG